AUGGUUUUUUUCUUGUACACUUUCAGCUCAGAUUACUUAAAGGAAAGGUUUAUAUCUAUGGAAAACUGUAGUCUUCUCUCAUCCAGUCUACCAAAAGCUAUGCCAAAGAUCUUCUUCACCAGGGAUCUGCACAAGGAUUGUGAGUGUGAAAUAUUAGUGGUUGAGACAUUAAAAAAAGAUAUACGUGCAUACAAGAGAACUCAAAAGCUGGCCAAGACUGUUCUGAUAACAGCCACGCCCUUUACAAGUCUAGAUGCGUUUCUUUCCCUGGGUAUCAAUUGCAAGUUAGUUUGUAUGAGUAAGGAAGAGGUGCUUUUUUCAACUGCAUCAUCGUUGUUACAAGAAGAAGAAACUGAAAUCCAGAGAUUUAGCAGGAACUUUGGUAUUGAAAAGAGUCAUGAGCUUGGUAUGUUCUCCAGCCUUCUGGAUGUUGGAAUGCUUAAGAAGAGGCUGUGGCUCAUAGGUUCAAUCAAGAAUACAUCAGAAGCUCGCAUAGAUGGUGAAUCUAACACACGCACAGGGAAUGCAGUUGAUAGUGACAGAUCAUCAUCGCCAUGCUCCCGAGAGCUUUCGUUUGGAUCUGAAGGGUCCAUUCAAUACGACUGUUGGCAGCUAAACAAUGAAUACUCUGACGGUUAUAAUGCUGCUCCCAGCUUUGGACACAGCAGGGCUGGCGGAAGUAAUGGAAGACAAACAGCACCAAUUCUAGGUAGUCAUGUUGUAAAUAAGAGACCCACAGCUUUUGCCUAUCGUUAUAUUUUUAAAUCGUCUACUGAUGAGCCAUCAGAGCAUCAGCCUAUUCGCAAUACGAGACCACGUGGGAUAUCUUCAAAAAAUAGAAGAAAAGUGAGUCUAAUGAAUAGACUACUGUGCAGUGAGGCCGAAAACACUGAUUCACACAUGCAAAUUAAUCAGCCGUUUUAUGGCAGGAAUGAUCAUAACUAUUUUUGUGUUUUCAAUGAUGACCACCUGUUUGGAAUCAGAGGAGUUGCUAUGAAUGGCAUAGCCAGUUCUAUUUUAAACAUCAGUGCAGCGCAUAAUUUACAGAAAAAAAGAAAAAGAAUGCAUCGAAGAGCCAGGCCAGAGUCAGAAUAUAGCGAUUAUUCAUUGUAG